CAACACUUGCCCUCCAUUUGCACAAAGCAAACAGCUAAUUUGUGUAGCGAUCCAGCUACAGACAGACGACACCACAAACAUAGCUAAGUAGCUUAGGCUUAGGCUUAGCUAAGUACAAGUGCACUUGCGCUUCAAAUUUUGCCGGAAAAGCGACCACUAAUUAAGCUACUGGCUAGAAUGGCGAUCGUUGACUUGGUCAAUGCCGGAGAGCAGCAGCAGAUGGGCAGCAAGAGAGCGGCGGCGGAGGAUGGCGACGGCGGCGUGGACGACAGCCGCGAGUACUACUGCCGGCGAGGCGUCCGGCACCUGUGCGACAGCGGCAUUACCAGGCUUCCCGGCAACUACGUCCUCCCGGCCUCCGACCGCCCUGGCCAAGCCGCCGGCGCCGCCGCCGCCGCCGGGGGGUCAGUGAAGCUCCCCGUGGUGGACCUGUCGCGCCUCCGCGUCCCUUCGGAGCGCGGCGCGGUGCUCCGGACGCUGGACGCGGCGUGCCGGGAGUACGGGUUCUUCCAGGUGGUGAACCACGGCGUGGGCGGCGAGGUGGUGGGCGGCAUGCUCGACGUGGCGCGCCGCUUCUUCGAGCUGCCGCAGCCGGAGCGGGAGCGGUACAUGUCCGCCGACGUGCGGGCGCCGGUGAGGUACGGCACCAGCUUCAACCAGGUGAGGGACGCCGUGCUGUGCUGGCGCGACUUCCUCAAGCUCGCCUGCAUGCCGCUCGCCGCCGUCGUCGAGUCAUGGCCCACCUCGCCGGCCGACCUGCGGGAGGUGGCGUCGAGGUACGCGGAGGCGAACCAGCGCGUGUUCAUGGAGGUGAUGGAGGCGGCGCUGGAGGCGCUGGGCGUGGGCGGCGGCGGCGUGAUGGAGGACCUGGCGGCGGGGACACAGAUGAUGACGGUGAACUGCUACCCGGAGUGCCCGCAGCCGGAGCUGACGUUGGGGAUGCCGCCGCACUCGGACUACGGCUUCCUCACGCUGGUGCUCCAGGACGAGGUGGCCGGACUCCAGGUGAUGCACGCCGGCGAGUGGCUCACCGUCGACCCGCUCCCGGGCUCCUUCGUCGUCAACGUCGGCGACCACUUGGAGAUAUUGAGCAAUGGACGGUACAGGAGCGUGCUGCACAGGGUGAAGGUGAACUCGAGGAGGCUUCGGGUGUCGGUGGCGUCGUUCCACAGCGUGGCGCCGGAGAGGGUGGUGUCGCCGGCGCCGGAGCUCAUCGACGACCGCCACCCGCGCCGCUACAUGGACACCGACCUCGCCACCUUCCUCGCCUACCUCGCCUCCGCCGCCGGCAACCACAAGUCCUUCCUCCACUCCAGGAGGCUCUACUGAUCGAUCCAUUCUUAAUUGGAUCAUCUCUACACUAUAAUUAACUGGAUCGGAGUACUCCUGUAAUUAUAAUUAUAAUUAUAUUAGCUACUACUACUCAUGAUCCACCCCCGGUAAUUAUAAUUGCGGAAUUGCCUUGGCUAAGUUAGCUCCAAACACAGCCCACAGAUCAUCGAUAUGAUUGAUCAAACUCGAUCUCACUUAAUUAAUUAUAUAACUACUAUAUUCACCUAUAUAGCUAGCUUGCUGUUAGCAGCUUAAUUGCCGGAGUAAAAUUAAAUCAAAUCAAUCGAUCGAUUGAUCGACAAGAGAACAAGUCAACAGCAGGGCCCAACUCCCUGAACGAGGCAGAGGCAGGAUUUGACCGGUCAAACCUAGCUUUUCAGCUUAAUUGCCUUCCCAACAAUUCGAUUGGCGCGCAUUGACUAGCUAAUAAUAUCCAUACAUAUGAGAGUAUACUAUAAUUAAGUUGUCUUGUUCUCAUCGAUCGAUUGGUCGUCUGAAAAAGCCAAAGCCAGCUGUGGGUUUGCGUAUGUAUGCAUGUAGUAUAUUUUUUUUCUAGUUAUUAAAAUAGUAAGUUGUUGUUUUGACUUUUCAAAGUCAACGUGAUUGUACCUUGACGUACAUAGUACUGAAUCAUGUACGUCAUCACAUAUAUAUAUAUAUUCCGAAAGAGUGUUCAUCUAAUUAAAGCUUCAGUACAGCACUAUCUGAGUUCA